AUGGCCAACGGAAACGCCGUGUACAUGAGCUUCAACAGGUGCGAGGACACCAUACGUCACUCCUUCCUCAGCCAUCUCUUUGCGGAUUUUCGCCGCAGAAGCAUAUCUGCCGAAGAUCCGGCAAGUGAUCAUAAUUGCGUUUGCGAGGAGUUGGAAGCCGCGAUAGCGCAGUCUAAGGUUGUCCUGGUUAUAUUAUCGGAGCAAUAUGCUUCCACCAAGUGGUGUUUGGAUGAACUAGUGAAGAUUUUGGAGUGCCGCCCGGUGGUGGUGGUUCCGGUUUUCUACGGGCUCACGAAAUCAGCUUUGAGGAAACAAUGCUUGARAUUGAAAAAGAUGUAUCCUCAGGGUCGUGCAGCGGAUUGGCGUCGCGCUCUUUUGGAAAUCGCAGACUUACCAGGCCAUGCAUCAUCUCUUGAUCGAAGUGACUCCGAACUUGUAGAAGAGAUUGUUGCGGAUGUGCGUCAAAAGCUUGAUGAUAAUACAAGUAAAAUAGGAGUCUACUCCAAAUUGAUGAAGAUAGAAAACUUGUUUUCCAAGCAACCUAGGGGAAUUCGUAGCUUAGGGAUUUGGGGUAUGGGUGGCAUAGGGAAGACGACACUUGCUAAAGCAGCUUUCGAACAACUACUCUCAGGCAAUGACUUUGAAGCUUCUUGCUUCAUCAACGACUUCGACAAUGCCUUUCAAGAGAAGGGCGUCUACGGAUUAUUGGAGGAACACUUAGGGAAAAAGCUUGGCUUGCGUGGUCACGUUACAAGAGAGAAUUUACGCAAUAAAAGAGUUCUUCUUGUUCUCGAUGAUGUGGACAAGCCGCUUGGUGCAACGACUUUUCUUCGCUCGUUUGACUUGCUUGGUUCCGGAAGCUUGAUAAUCAUAACCUCCAGAGAUAAGCAAUUACUUGUGCAAUGUAGGGUCAAUGGAAUUUAUGAGGUCCAAGGCUUAAACGACCACGAGGCUCUGCAGCUAUUCUCUCAAUGUGCAUUUGGAAAAGAUACAAUAGAUUCGAAUCUUUUGAAGCUGUCUAUGGAUUUGGUUGCCUACGCUAAUGGAAACCCGUUAGCUCUAAGAAUUUAUGGUAGAGAAUUGAAGGGCAAAACACCAUCCGAAAUGGAGAAUGCAGUUCGCAAAAUCGAGCAACAUCUUUCCAACGAGAUUUUCGAUACAUUCAAAAACAGUUAUGAGGCACUUAGUGACCACGAGAAGGAAAUCUUUCUGGUCAUUGUGUUUUCCUUUAGGGGAGAAAAUGUCGACAACGUGAAGCAAUUUCUUUCAAGUUGUGGAUUCUUUCCUCAUGUUGGAAUCGAUGUUCUUGUGGACAAAAGCUUCGUGGUUGUUUCAGAAAAUAGAGUGGAAAUGCAUAAUUUGAUUUAUGGCAUGGGCCUCAAAAUCAUCAAGGAUCAAAAAGAAGAGAUCGAGAUGGGUUAUAGAUUCUUGGAGGCUUCCAACAUUCAAUCUCUCCUACAAGAGAAUGAAAUCGAAGAAAUUGGAGAACCCAAAGCAGCGCCAAAAUCGGUAAUAUUGAAUAUAGAAUUUCCCUUUCCCGAGGGCCAUCAAUGUUUGCCACAUGAGCUAAGACUUCUCCAUUGGGAAAACUACCCCUCACAAUCAUUACCACAAGAUUUUGAUGCUCAAUAUCUUGUAGAACUCAAUAUGCCAUAUAGUAAACUUGAGAAACUCUGGGGAACAACCAAGAAUCUUGAGGUUUUGAAGAGGAUCACACUUAGUUAUUCCCUACAACUAGUUAACGUUGAUGAACUUCAAUAUUCUCGAAAUAUCGAGAAAAUUGAUCUCCAAGGAUGUUCAAGGUUGCAAAGCUUCCCAGACACAGAUCAACUACAACAUCUCCAAAUUGUAGACCUCUCCACUUGCAUAGAGAUCAAAUCUUUUCCAAAGGUUCCACCGUCUAUAAGGAAAUUUCAUCUCAAGGGAACAAGCAUAAGAGAACUAUCUUUUUGGAAUCAUUCGCCAGAAAUCCAGGGUUUAUCAAAUGCCUUAGAGCAUGGGCAAAGUCACCUUGAAGAAUCAUCGAGUCAGGGCCUCGAAGUUCUUGAUUUGUCUGGUUGCUCAAAAAUUGAGGAGAUACAGGUUUUUCCAAAAAGCCUGAAGAAGUUAUAUCUAGCCAAAACUGCCGUGAAAGAAAUUCCAGCUUCUAUGUGCCACGACCUCUCUGAGCUUAUCAUACUAGAUAUGGAGGGUUGCAAAAUGAUUCAAAACGUGCCAGUGGGAAUGAGUAACAUGAAAUCUCUUGCUUCGCUCAACCUCUCUGGCUGCUCGAAGCUUGAAAAUAUUCAUGAUCUUCCAAGAAACCUCAAAAAGUUGUAUCUCGCUGGCACUGCGGUGAAAGCAUUUCCAUCAUCAUUGCUUGAGAAUCUCUCUGAACUUGUUAUAUUAAGUUUGGAGAAGUGCAAAAAGCUUAAACAUCUGCCAAUGGGAAGGAGUAACUUGAUAUCUCUUGUCACGCUUACACUAUCUGGCUGCUCGGCAUUGGAGGAACUUCAUGAUUUUCCUCAAAAUCUAAAGGAGUUAUAUCUUGCUGGUAUUUCCAUAAAAGAAUUACCGUCUUCUAUUGUGGAUCUUGCUGAACUUGCUACAUUAGAUUUGAAUCAUUGCAAAAGGCUCCGACGCCUGCCUGUGGGAAUGCAGAACUUGAAUCCCCUCGAAUUUCUUGAUUUGUCUGACUGCUCGGAGCUUGAGGUAGGCAUUGGUUCCCUACCAAAGGCCAAAGAAAUACGUCGAGAUAGGAUGGGAAUGUCAAUUCCAGCGAACGAAGAAAUGCCUAAAAAUACUCUAAGAGAGUAUAUCAAGACAAGAUAUAUAGACCGCUUAAGGAAGAUGUUAAACUUUCUUCCGUAA